AUGGAAACCAGAGUGAAAGAGCACAAUUUCAAGAGAAUUACCAAAGCUAUUACUCCAGAUUGGGAAGGGAUAAACAACUACCAAUAUGCUCAGAAUGGUAGGGUAUGGGUAUUAGGGGAUCCCAGAUGGUAUAGUGUGAAGUUAAUCAAAGUCGGGGCUCAAUAUGUUCAUUGUCAACUUACAGACAAUUUAGGGAAGAUAGACUGCUUAAUAAUAGUAGUCUAUGGACACAAUACAAUUGAGCAAAGGAAAGCAUUAUGGGCAGAUAUACAUAACUUGGCUGCAAACAUAACCACUCUUUGGCUAAUUGGAGGAGAUUUCAAUACAGUUCUAUAUUCUCAAGAUAGACUAAUGGGCAAUCCUAUAACAUAUUCUGAAACUCAAGACUUUGCCAGCUGCAUUCAAACUCUGCAGUUGAAUGAAUUGCUAUGGAAGGGUGAUUACUACACUUGGUCGAACAAGCAAGAUGAAACUGAUAGAAUCAGAAGCAGAAUAGAUAGGAUGUUUGGAAAUUUUGAAUGGAUGAUACAAUGGGGACAGGUACAAAAUGAAUAUGAUUUGCCUCAAAUAUCUGAUCAUUCACCUAUGCUUCUUUCAAUUUCCAUGAAUUCAAGGCCUGGCAAAAUCCCAUUCAGAUUUCUAAAUGUUUGGGCAGACCAUGGCAGUUUUGUACAAAUAGUGCAGGAAGUAUGGGAGCAGAAUGUGACAAAUUGGAGAAUGAAGAAUAUAAGGUUGAAGUUGAAAGCCUUGAAACCUAGACUUAAGACUUUAAAUAAUGAGGUGUUUAGAUCUAUUACUGACAAGAUUGACAAGGCUCGUGGAGAACUUCAAGAUAUACAAGAGAAGAUUACCACAAACUAUACUGAUGGCCUACUGGAGCAAGAGAAAACUGUCCUUCACCAGCUGGAAAAAUGGUCACUUAUAAAGGAAAGUGUCCUAAAACAAAAAUCAAGAGCAAGGUGGAUUAAGCUUGGGGAUUCCAAUUCCAAGUACUUUUCUGCUAUGCUAAAGAAGAGGAAUCAAAGGAAGCAGAUUAAGGAACUCACAUCCCUUGAUGGGAAGAAGCUCAAUGAUGCUGAUAAGAUCAAGCAUGAAAUUAUAGAGUUCUACAAAUCACUGAUGGGGACUGCAGCACCAAAUCUACCUGCAAUAAAUAGAAAGAUCAUGAAGCAAGGACUUAUGUUAUCCCAACAGUAA